AUGGCGUCUGACGCGGAGAGAGGUUUGUCGUUACUCAUGCCUUGGUUGAGAAGCUCUACUAACAUGGGACGAGAUGAAAUGAGGCCGAGCAAUCUGCUAGAUACUGUUGAGCAUCUAGAAGCAGUUGCUUUCGUGCCGCCGAGACAGCGUUAUACGGAUGCCGGAGAACUGGCGAAACAGAUAGCGGAAUUCGCAUAUGAGAGCGGGAUCCCUCAAACCGCUCUCGAGCGCCUACUGAAUCUCCUCACGAGGAAUAACAGCUUAGAUCAGGGCACAACUACCAUUUUGAUUAAAAACCUGUAUCCGUCUGAGAGGAUAGCGUCCAAAUUAAUCACCCAGGUGGUCUGCUGUCUCGGUCCGACCAAGAACAAGCCGAGCCCAGCGACCCAGGCUCUGUUGCUACGAUGGCUUAUUCUCGUUUAUGAAUUCAUUGAUGAUCGGUCUCACUUGUCUAAGCUCUACGCUGUGCUCUUUAACCAUCUUGACAUGAUCAGCCUGCGCAAGCCCCUGUGCCAUAUUCUUUCCUACAUUACCAGGCGAAAGCAUGUCAAGCCUUUCAGAAUACAAGCUCUAAUGGAACUGAUUGGCACGUCAGGUGGCGAUGAUAGGGAACUCAUAUCACUGCUAAGGGUUUUCAAGAACUAUCAUCCAGAUGUUAUUGUGGGGAAUACUGGCAUGAAAGGCCUGUUCUUUAAGCACCCUGAUCCUGAAUGGACGACUCAUGCACGACAAAUCCAGGAAACGAACUUGGAGCGAACUCAGGGAAAUGGGUCCAACAGUUUCCAGGUAGUACAUCGAGGCCUGGCGAAGAGGAGUAAAGUGCAGACGGUUGUCCCUGAAGUACAAACCUCUCGAGUCAACCAGAACCGAACUUCGCUGGAGGAGCUGCGCAGUGUUACUCAUUUUGUCGAACGGCUUGACAAAAUCGAGCUACCUAACCAGAUAAUCUCCACAAUUACGCAUGAUUUUGCCCAAAAAUACCUCUUCUUGGUUCAACCGGAAAUUGCAGACCGGCGGCUCAAUGAUUGGUUGCAAGCCUUCUUGAGCGAGCAUUUAGAGUCUGCGCGAGACUUUGAUGACGGUGUUGAGACGCUAGGCUACGUGCUAAAUCUAGUUGUUGGUUACGCACAGUACACAAAGAAUAUCCCGGAAGCCUUCCUAACGUUUUUGAGAUCAUAUUUACCAAUCUGGAAUGGCUUCGAAAACCGCCAGUUAAUACUGGAAUUGCUCGAGUACCUUCCUAUCAGAGACCAUGACUCUUUACGGAGCGAGAUCUUAGCUCCUCUAGAGACUGCUUUGCUGGAAGAUACAGCGUCUUCCAAGGCGAGCUUGUUAGACUUUUACUCCGGACUUAUCCGUCAGUGGGGGAUCAAGUUGAGAACGGAGUCAUUCGACAUUGAGCAGUCGCAACGUUUGAGCGCUCUUAUCUUGCACGCUGAAUUGUUGGCCUCUUCCGUUCUGGAAAGUCCAGUACAACAGCCUUCAGACACAAGCGGAGACUAUAGAUCCAGUACGCUGUCUGUUCUCGGAUUUUACUUCACACUGGCAGAUCUGUUCUCUCACGCACAUACUAACGGGAACAUUAAACUCACUGUCCCUCUUGCGCCGUCUGUCUACACCCUCAUUUUCAGCCCCGUGAGCUUUGUUAUCUCGAGCAUGAACUCUAUACUGUGCAGCUACAAGUCAUCCUUUGAGUUAUCAAUGAAUUCCGAGACGCUCCAGUCCAAAGAUCCGCUUUGGACACAGAAGCUCGUUCCCCAGUUCAACGGAUAUAUUAUGGAUGUUUGCAAUCUUGUAUGGCGGAAUCGAGCUCUUAACUCAGAGGAUCCAAACGCGCUGGGCUGUUUGAUACCGCCAGCAACAAUAGCUGCACUAACACAGUAUCUCCGGGAAGUCAAUGACAAAGCCCGAAAAAAGAGCCGCGAAUCCGCAUUCUCUUAUACAGUUGGGUCGUUAUACUCUCUGAGCCAUCAUGCCGCGCUGUGCAAUAUGUCUGCCUGCUGCUUUUCUGAUAUCGAGAAGGAGAAUGAUGUUGGCGAGACUCAACCCAGGCUACGGAAGCCUGUGACGCAGAGAGCUCUGAGUGCGCUAGAGAAGGAAGGAGGGAUUCAGAUGACCUGGCAAGAUUAUAGAGUGCGGAUGCUCGACUGGAUGGAUGCUGCGGGAAGCGUGGGAAUUGCGAAUUUGAUGCGCACGACGAUGAAAGCUCUUCGAAAAGAGUAG